AUGGUUCUGGCAGUGACCCCCGCGUUGAUCCCGGACAUCCCGGAGCUCUACGACAUCUACUUCAAGGCCUUUGACAAUGACGACAUGGGCCGUCGAAUGGUCGAGAUCCUCUUCCCCCAGGGCAUCACCCCCGAGUUCAAGAAGGCCCACGCCGCGGGAACGCUGGCUUACUGGCACACUUCCAACACGCAGUUCACCUUCAAGUGCAUCGACACCGAGACGGGCGAGAUCCUCGGCAUGGGUCUGGCCGAUCUGGUCCUGAACCCUCCCGAGAAGAGAGAGAACCCUGGUGUGCAGUGGCUUGAGGGUAAGGAGCGUGAGAGGGCUGAGAAGAUUCUCAACCCCCUUUGGGAUGCUCGAGAUGAGCUCAUCGGCGGACAGAACCACAUCUACGUCCAUGUCAUCGCCGUCGACCCUAAGCACCAAGGCCGCAAGGCCGGCGCCCUCCUCUGCCAGUACGGCAUCGAGCAGGCCGAGCGCCUCCAGAUCCCCAUGUACUUCGAGUCGUCCCCCACGACGCUCGGCCUCUACAAAAAGGUGGGCUUCGAGGAGCUCAAGAAGCAGGUGAUUCACGCGGCCGAGGACCUGGGCACCCCCGAGGACGUGGUGGUUCCGCUGUGCAUCCGCAUGCCUGCCGCCGCCAACGGCAUGUCCUUUGAGGAGUGGCAGGCCAAGGGGUACCCCAAGUUCGAGACGAGGCCCAUCGACACGAGUAUCCUGGCAAAGGCCGCGAGCGCUGCUGCCGGUGGUACUGAUUUGCUCGGUCUGCUUGAGAAUUUGACCACGGCUUGCGGUGGAGAGAAGAACCUCAUGGCUCUCGCUUCUAUGGCUUCCACUAUUGGCGUUGAUAAGCUGCCUGGGCUUCUUUCACUCAUGGGAAUCUCAUCUCCUGAGCCUGCAGCAGCAGCACCAGUAGCUCCCAAGGCGGAACCCGCGGUUGUCAAGCCCACAGAGACAACAGUCGAGACGACGGUCGAGGUGGCCCAGCCCUAG